CAGGCAUAGGGGGCCUUCAAGACUUCGUGCUCAAGUCGGCGACUCUGUGUAGCGUGCCAUCUUGCCCGCCGUUUAUACCGCUCAGCUUCGAGGCUACCCCUAUUGUGAGGGUUGCUGUUGAACCGAAGCACCCAAGUGAAAUGCCUCAGCUCGUCAAAGGAAUGAAGCUCUUAAACCAGGCUGACCCCUGUGUCCAGAUUUUAAUUCAAGAAACGGGAGAGCACGUUUUAGUCACGGCGGGGGAGGUCCACCUUCAGCGAUGCCUGGAUGACUUGAAAGAAAGGUUUGCAAAGAUUCAAAUCAGUGUUUCUGAACCCAUUAUUCCAUUCAGAGAGACAAUCACAAAACCCCCAAAAGUCGACAUGGUCAAUGAAGAAAUAGGCAAACAACAAAAAGUUGCAGUUAUCCACCAAACAAAAGAAGAUCAGAGUAAAAUCCCUGAAGGAAUCCAAGUUGACUCUGAUGGGCUCAUCACCAUAACAACCCCCAAUAAGCUUGCCACACUCAGUGUUCGAGCCAUGCCCCUUCCGGAAGAAGUCACACAGAUUCUGGAAGAAAAUAGUGAUUUGAUUCGUUCUAUGGAGCAGUUGACAUCCUCUUUGAAUGAGGGCAGACAUACUCAGAUGAUCCACCAGAAGACCCAAGAGAAAAUUUGCGAAUUCAAAGGAAAACUAGAGCAAUACCUAACAGGGAGAAAAUGGAGGAACACUGUUGACCAAAUCUGGUCAUUUGGCCCAAGAAAAUGCGGGCCCAACAUAUUAGUUAAUAAAAGCGAAGACUUUCAGAACUCAGUAUGGACAGGCCCAGCCAUCAAAGCUUCAAAAGAGGCCAGUAGAUACCGAGAUUUGGGCAACAGCAUUGUGAGUGGUUUCCAGCUAGCAACCCUCUCUGGCCCCAUGUGUGAGGAGCCUCUCAUGGGUGUCUGUUUUGUUUUGGAAAAAUGGUACCUAAGUAAAUUUGAGGAACAAGGGGCAAAUGAUAAACACAAUGAAGAGCAAAGGGAUGUGGUGCAGGACAGCCAAGGGGAAGAGGAAGCCUGUUCCGGUGGAGGCGAAAACCCGGGGCUCCAAGACGGCGGCUCUGAGCCCUUGGAGAAGAAGACUUCCCAGAAAGGAGAGUCUUCGCUCACUGACUGCUACGGACCCUUCUCAGGACAGCUCAUCGCCACCAUGAAGGAGGCAUGUCGCUAUGCCCUGCAGGUGAAACCUCAGCGUCUGAUGGCAGCCAUGUACACAUGUGACAUCAUGGCCACUGGUGAUGUUCUUGGUCGGGUCUAUGCUGUCUUGUCAAAGAGAGAAGGCCGAGUGCUCCAAGAAGAAAUGAAAGAAGGGACAGACAUGUUCAUCAUCAAGGCCGUGCUGCCUGUCGCUGAGAGUUUCGGCUUUGCGGAUGAGAUCAGGAAGCGGACGAGUGGUCUGGCCAGCCCGCAGCUGGUGUUCAGCCAUUGGGAGGUCAUUCCCAGCGACCCCUUCUGGGUGCCGACUACCGAGGAAGAGUACUUGCACUUCGGCGAAAAGGCUGAUUCCGAGAACCAGGCCCGGAAGUACAUGAACGCGGUGCGCAAGAGGAAGGGUCUGUACGUGGAGGAGAAGAUCGUGGAGCACGCAGAGAAGCAGAGAACCCUCAGCAAAAAUAAGUAACUUCCACUGCUGGCGCGUUCUUGUCUUCCUGUGCCAGGGCUUGAUCCCGGAGAGACGCCUCCAUGCCGCCUUCUCUCUGCGCGUUCACUUUCAAUAAAGCUGACCCUUAUAAAUAUUUUGAAGAGGGUGUCAGAGAACA